AUGGUGUUUUGCUCAUCACCAGGCAGGCAAACUUGUAGCUCACCUGACCAUCAUGCAUCACCAAACUCGUGCUGGAGCAUGAGGGGUAUUAGAAUACCUCGUAAUGAAGGGUCACUUCAUGCCGGCCCAAUAUUUGGCUUGAAAGGCGUGUCACUCUUCGAUGGCCGGCGUCAAUGCCGCUGUCAAGAGGAACUCGAUCGUGAGCAACAUGUCGAGGCAGCAGGCAUCGCAUGCCGUUCCACAAACCACACAAGGAUAUUCUGCAACGUCAAGGUCACAGAAAUGUCAAGUUUGCUCCCCGAACCGCACUUCAUGCUGUGCCUUGAACCGGUGUACAAACUGUUGGCGGCAGCAAUCCCCACGUCAGCACAAACCCCAGUUCUUAUGUUUAUGCCGUGA